AUGAUCCCAGCCGUGGUUGCCAAGAUCACAGCCUCCGAUUCUAGUAGCGCCACAGCUGCUGCUACCACUGCCGAUUCUGGUAGUGCCGCAGCCAUUGAUUCUGAAUCCAGCAUACUGCAGGUGAAAGCAUCCUUCUUCACGGUGGUGGGACGAGUUAAGGACAUGUUAGAGGUGUCCAAGGAUGUUAUGUUGCUACUUCGUCUUGUGGACAGUGAUAUACCUGCAAUUGAAAAAAUAUAUAAGUGUAUGAAUAGAUUGGAUGCAAAUUUAGAGGAAGGACAGUCAGAUUAUAGCAGGUACAUGGAACUUUAUCAGAUUAUGUCUAACUGGUGGCAUGAGUAUCACUCGCUCAUGCACUCGGUGGCAUAUAUGCUAGACCCCGAGUUUCAAAAGCAUGAAAAACAUGCUAAUAGAGAAGUCAUGAAGGAUUGGAAUGCUUAUCCAUUGGCCAUGUUUACAUCCAGUGAAAGGGACGUGAUAUGGGAUGAGCUUUUAAUUUAUAGGAGGAUAGGAGGCAUUUUCAACUCGAUUGAUGCUAAAGCUGAUCGCACUAAGAAGGGAGUGGUAUGUUGGUGGGAGGACUAUGGUUAUGAAAUUCCAGCUCUUCAAAAGUUGGCCAUUCAAGUUCUAAGUCAGGCAUGCUUGUCAUCCUUGGUGGAGAGAUUGUUCAGCACUUUCAAGCAUGUGUUUUCAAAGAAGAGGAACAGACUUACUAUGGACAGAACAACAGAUCUAGUUUUUGUGGCUUGCAAUAGUAGGUUGUUAACUUGCAAAAAUGACCAUGACUACAACAAGUUUGUGAGCUACAAAGUACUAGAGAUAAUUCCUCAUCUGGAAGAUGAGCUUGAGUCAAGAGCUCGUCUUCUAGAUGAGGAAUUGUGUCUAGUACUUUGUACUAGAGGAAGAUGGUUAUGA